AGAGGCGAGGCGGCGGCGAGAGCGGGAGCGGCAGUCGCGCGGAGCGAGGAAGGGAAGGAAGCCGACGAGGGACCCGCCGGCGCGAAGCCCCCGCUCGCGCCUCGAGACCAGAGUCGUGUCCUGAGUUGCAUCUCUUCUGGAACGGGGCUCAUGGUAGGCGCCGCGGAACCCUCCACUGAUGCUUCCGGGGAUGGCAGCGAGCUGACGGACAGCUGAGGAUGACCUUGACUGAUAGAUUGCGUGAGAAGAUAUCACAGGCGUUCUACAACCACGGGCUGCUGUGUGCCUCCUGCCCUAUUCCCAUCAUCCUCUUCACCGCCCUCUGUGUCCUAGCCUGCUGCUAUCCAUUGCUCAAGCUCCCAUUACCUGGAACUGGACCUGUGGAAUAUACCACCUCUGUUAAGGAUUAUUCUCAGCCUCCAGCCUACCCAGCCCACCAGCAAGGAGAGCUUAAUGAGAGGCCCGACUGGUACACUGGUGCUCCUGUAGCCUACAUCCAGCAGGUCCUGGUGAAAGCGGCAGUCUCUCCGUGGCCCAGGCACUUCCUAGCUGUCGAUGUGUUUCGGUCGCCACUCUCCCGUGUCUUUCAGCUUGUGGAGGAAAUCAGAAACCACGCCUUGCGAGACGGCUCCAGUAUCAAAAGUUUGGAAGAAAUCUGCCUUCAGGUAACAGAUCUGCUGCCCAACCUAAAGAGGCUUCGGGGCCUGCUUCCUGAACAUGGCUGCCUGCUGCUGUCCCCCGGGAACUUCUGGCAGAAUGACCGGGAACGCUUUAACGAUGACCCCGACAUCAUCAAAACAAUCCACCAGCACGAACCAAAGACGCUGCAAACAUCAGCUACCCCCAAAGAUCUAUUGUUUGGAGUUCCGGGGAAGUACAACGGGGUGAACCUGUACAACCGGAAGCGGGUGGUAUCCUACACAGUCACCUUGGGUCUGCAGCACUAUGAUUCCAGGUUCCUCUCCAGCCUCCGCUCCCGCCUCAAGCUGCUGCAUCCCAGUCCCAACUGCACUCUGCGAGAGGAACAGAUCGUUCAUGUCCACUUCAAGGAGGAGAUUGGCAUUGCUGAGCUGAUCCCCCUGGUCACCACCUACAUCAUCCUCUUUGCCUACAUCUACUUCUCUACACGCAAAAUCGACUUGGUGAAAUCGAAGUGGGGUUUGGCGCUGGCCGCGGUUGUGACUGUCCUCAGCUCUCUGCUCAUGUCUGUUGGCUUGUGCACACUCUUUGGCCUGACGCCGACACUCAACGGAGGGGAGAUUUUCCCUUAUCUGGUUGUUGUGAUCGGCUUGGAGAAUGUGCUGGUCCUUACCAAGUCUGUUGUUUCCACACCUGUCGACCUGGAAGUGAAGCUGAGAAUUGCUCAAGGACUGAGCAAUGAGAGCUGGUCCAUCAUGAAGAACAUGGCCACGGAGCUGGGGAUUAUCCUGAUUGGUUACUUCACCCUUGUUCCAGCCAUCCAGGAGUUCUGCCUUUUUGCUGUGGUUGGCCUGGUGUCUGACUUCUUCCUCCAGAUGUUCUUCUUCACCACUGUCCUGUCCAUUGACAUUCGCCGUAUGGAGCUUGCCGAUCUGAACAGGCGGCUCCCAGCUGAAGCCUGCAUGCCCCCAGCUAAGCCAGUGAGUCGCUCCCAACGGUACGAGCGCCAGCCACCCAUGCGACCCACCACCCCACACACCAUCACUCUCCAGCCCUCGUCCUUCAGGAAUCUGCGCUUGCCCAAGCGACUGCGGGUGGUCUACUUCUUUGCCAGAACUCGGCUUGCCCAGAGACUCAUCAUGACUGGAACAGUGGUUUGGAUUGGCAUCCUGGUUUACACUGAUCCUGCAGGGCUUCGCCCCUACCUGACAUCACAAGUCACUGAGCAGAGCCCACUGGGGGAGGCAGGUCUGCCGGCCAUGCCCGUUCCUGGAGAAGUCCUCCCCACGGGGGAUGCCAAGCUGUCGCUUUCGGUCUUCCCUCCGGACCCAGUGCAGCAGUUGCUGGAGAAUCAGUCAUCGGAUUCUCUGAAGAGGCAGGAGGCCAGUCACCCAGCCGAGGAGCAAGAGAGCCAGGGUAAUAAUGGGCACCCAGAGGUGGGCCCCAGAGCAGAAGUGACAUGGGGAGCCGAGGAUGAAGAGAUCUGGAGGAAGCUGUCCUUCCGGCACUGGCCAUCACUCUUCAGCUACUACAACAUCACGCUGGCCAAAAGGUACAUCAGCAUCCUCCCGGUGAUCCCCGUCACUCUGUACCUGAAUCCGCAAGAAGCCUUAGAAGCGCGUCACCCCCAGGAGGCCAAUCGCUACCACCCUUUCUUCUCACUGAGCAGUGGGAAGCCGGGACUGACUGAACAGCUGGUCGAAGGCGUGCCAAGGGGGCAGGGGCACCGUGACAUCACGCUCUAUAAGGUGGCUGCUUUGGGCCUGGCCUCUGGGAUCCUCCUGGUCCUCUUGCUCUUCUGCCUGUACAAAAUCUUGUGCCCCAAAACCUACGGCCAGAGUGGGCUCUCCCACAGCAGGCGGAGAAGGGGAGACCUGCCCUGCGAUGACUACGGCUACUCCCCUCCGGAGACGGAGAUCAUCCCUCUCGUCCUCAGAGGGCACCUCAUGGACAUCGAAUGCCUGGCUAGCGAUGGGAUGCUGCUUGUCAGCUGCUGCUUGGUUGGUCAGAUCCGGGUGUGGGACGCUCAGACCGGCGACUGCCUCACUGUUAUUCCUAAACAAGGGUUGCGCCGAGACAACAGCGGUGUCUUUGAUUACCAUGACUGCUGGGAUCAGAGCCCCAACGGCAAGAGUGGGCUAGAUAACCCCUUUGAUGGUAGCCACCCGUUCAAGAGAGUGCGGAGCCCUCCCCAGCCCCCCCUGUUCAGUGACCAGCCGGACCUCAGCGCCCUCAUUGACACCAACUUCUCCGAGCAAGCAAAGGUGGCCACCCCAGAGCCCCGCCAGCGUGCCCUCUGCAGCUGCCCGAAAGAUCUGGGCUAUGACUUCAGCAGCCUGGUGGAGAAGGUCUACGAGGAACAGAGCACCUCAAACAGCCUGAGCGUUGUGGGCUUCUCAGCCCCCUCUGGACAGGCAGCCUUCAGGUCCCCAGGCUGCGGGGGCGAGGAGGGGGACUCUGGCACCCGCAGGAGCAGCCUGGGAGAUGAGCCCUCUGUGGGUUUGGACACACCCUCACCCCUUCCCUAUUGGGGAGGUGACUUUGAAAGCUCCAUCUGGAGCCUGGAGCUGCAGGGGAACCUCAUUGUCGCGGGCCGGAGCAACGGGAGGCUGGAGGUAUGGGAUGCCAUUGAAGGCACUCUGCAGUGCAGCAAUGAAGAUGGCCAGUCCGGCAUCACCUCCCUCGUUUUCCUCAACAGCAGAAUUGUGGCUGCCCGGCUGAACGGUUCCUUGGAUUUCUUCUCCUUGAAGACACGCGCCUCUUUGGAUCAUUCGCAGUUCCGGGGAACUCCGGGCAGGAGCAGCCUCCCGUCAUCUCCAAUGUACAGCAGCAACGAUGUCAUCGUUUGUCAGCUGACCCAUACGGUGACAUGUGCUCAUCAAAAGCCAAUUACGGCCCUCAAGGCUGCAGCGGGGCGGCUGGUCACAGGGAGCCAAGAUCACACACUGAGAGUGUAUCGUUUGGAAGACUCCUGCUGCCUCUUCACCUUGCAGGGUCACUCAGGAGCAAUCACAGCAGUCUACAUGGAUCAGACCAUGGUGCUAGCAAGUGGGGGCCAGGAUGGCGCCAUCUGCCUCUGGGAUGUGCUGACAGGCAGCAGAGUGAGCCACAUGUAUGCCCACCGCGGGGACGUCACGUCCUUAACCUGCACUAGCUCCUGUGUCAUCAGCAGUGGCUUGGAUGACGUCAUCAGCAUUUGGGACCGAAGCUCUGGGAUCAAACAUUAUUCCAUCCAGCAGGAUAUGGGAUGUGGGGCAAGUUUGGGUGUCAUCUCCGACAACCUGCUGGUCACAGGAGGCCAGGGCUGCGUUUCCUUCUGGGACAUCGGCUACGGCGACCUGCUGCAAACUGUCUACCUGGGCAAGAGUAACGAGGCCCAGCCUGCCCGGCAGAUCCUGGUGCUGGAGAACGCUGCCAUCGUCUGCAACUUCGGCAGUGAGCUCAGCCUGGUGUACGUCCCGUCGGUGCUGGAGAAGCGAGACUGAGGAGGAGGGUGCGGGGGGGGGGCUCCUAGCAGGGCAUGGCCCCUCCCAGCUCUGUGCAAUCACGGAAUGCAGGCUCCGCUUCUUCCAUGGUGGGGAGAGAGUGCGCCUCCUGGCCACCUCUCUCAGCACUGAUUAUGAACUUUUGGUCAGUAGUGGAAGGGAAGGGGAUGAAGUUGGCCUCUGAAGGGGUAGACAGGGAUAGCUUUUAGCCCUUGUGGUCGUAGGAAAUAGAAUAAUUGGAGAGGGUAGUGCCCGCACCCCUUGCAUGUGCCAGGGUGGAAGUGGUCACACAAGCUGCUUGUGAGCCAUAGUGCCCCUUCGCUGUGGCGUGUGUGAUGGAUUCCUCGGCCUGUGCAAAGAUGGGCCUGCAUGCUUCAGAGCCUGAGCGCUUACUCUCCCUAAAAGGAAGAAUUGUGGUGAGGAACAGAAGGAUCUGCCCAGGUUGUUCUUGACAGCCACGACCUCCAGAGGAAGGAAUUCAGAAAGGCGGCCCUGCCCGGUGGCCCCUGGGGCGCCUGCCUUCCCUGGAGUCUGGCCCUUUAGCCUCCUCUCCUCCCUGUGCUGCCUCUUUUCUGUCCUGCCCACAUUAAGGGGGUUGGGCUGGCUCAGGGCUAAAGGAAGGGGGGGGUGUUCCCUGGGUCUCAGGCCUGGGGAAGAAGCAAAUUCCGCGAGCCCUGCUCUGCUCCUGCUCAGCCCACCAAAGGCCUGGCUGCUCCUCCUAGCAAUAAGCCCACUCUGGCCGGUGUCCUGUCCCUGCCUGGCCAGUGGAAGGCAGGCCUGCUGUGCCGCUUGCCAUAUUUAUUGAUGUGUUUGUACAGAUUUAUUUAUUGUGGCAGGAGGGCGUGGCUUGGAGACCAGUGGGACAGUGCUGUCCACCACCUUUCUCCACAUGCCUACUUGCCUACUAGGGAGGGAAAGGCUCCUGUUGAAGUUGCCGUUCUGGUAGUGGAUCAGUCCUGCCCCCUGAAAAGCUGCCUGUGGUCACUUGUGGCAGAGUGAGGAAGCGGCCUGGGCAGGAGAGCUUGCGUGGCGAGGUGGCCUGCCAGGGACAGGCUUUUCUGCCUGCUGGGGAUGGCACAACGGAGAGCCUUCUGGCCAGAAAGGAAUGGCGUGUGGUGCAGAAGUUGGCAUUCAGGGGGCUGCUUCCGGCCACGGAAGGAUGACCAACUAACAGAAAUAAAGAGCGGGGAGAAAGAUAUUAAGAGCAACUGGAACCAUUUUGUGUUGAAGCUCCAUUGACUAUCAGGUUCCUGUUUUUGUUUUUAAUCCCAGUUAGCGUAGAAUGCACUGUAACCUCGUAAGGGUGCUUUAGCAUUAAUCUGCUGUAUCCUGCCUGUCCCGUUUCCCCAAGCUGGGCUAAGCACUCACCUGCUGCGGAGGGAGGGCUGCUGCCACAGAAGGCUGCCCCGGCUGUGCUCACGCAGCUCCUCACUGCUGCUCCCACCCUCGCUGCUCCUGCCGAUCCCCACUGGCUUGUCUUCAGUGUCUGCCCGAUGCCUCAGGUGGCCUUAGCUCUGCUGUACCCUUUGGACUGUACAGUGGCAGCAGCUUUUGUACCAGGUUGUGUUUUCUAAUGUGUGGAAGUACAGGCACAUUAAACAGAACUAACUCAA